CAGAGCUUGCAGGCGACUGUUGAAGAUGGGAGGCGCAGUGAGUGCGGGAGAAGAUAACGAUGAGUUAAUUGAUAACCUGAAGGAAGCUCAAUACAUCCGCACGGAGCUGGUGGAACAGGCCUUCCGAGCCAUCGAUCGAGCCGACUACUACCUGGAAGAGUUCAAAGACAAUGCCUACAAAGACUUGGCCUGGAAACACGGGAACAUUCAUCUCUCGGCACCGUGCAUCUACUCGGAGGUGAUGGAAGCUCUGGAUCUGCAGCCGGGGUUGUCGUUUUUGAAUCUCGGCAGUGGCACUGGUUAUCUCAGUUCCAUGGUUGGACUCAUCUUGGGUCCUUUUGGUGUUAACCAUGGCGUGGAGCUUCAUUCUGAUGUGAUCGAAUAUGCGAAGCAGAAACUGGACUUCUUCAUCAAAACAAGCGAUAGCUUUGACAAAUUUGAAUUUUGUGAGCCAUCUUUUGUUACCGGCAAUUGUUUGGAGAUUUCUCCGGACUGUACUCAGUAUGACCGUGUUUACUGUGGUGCAGGGGUCCAGAAGGAACACGAAGACUACAUGAAGAAUCUGCUGAAAGUUGGGGGAAUUCUUGUCAUGCCUCUGGAGGAGAAGUUGACUAAGAUAACACGCACUGGUCCCUCUGCCUGGGAAACCAAGAAGAUUCUUGCUGUUUCUUUUGCUCCUUUGAUUCAGCCUAACCAUGCAGAUUCGGGAAAAUCAAGGCUUGUUCACUUGCCCCCAGUGGCUGUUCGCAGCCUCCAGGAUCUGGCCCGCAUAGCCAUCAGAGGAACCAUUAAAAAAAUAAUCCAUCAAGAAACGAUGAGCAAAAAUGGAAAUGGGUUGAAGAACCCCCCAAGAUUUAAACGAAGACGUGUGCGUCGCCGUCGCAUGGAAACUAUUGUUUUCUUGGACAAAGAGGUCUUCGCGAGUCGGAUCUCCAACCCGUCGGAUGAUAACAACAACUGUGAAGAGUUUGAGGAUGAGAGACGAGAAGAGGAAGAAACUAAAGCCCCCGAACUAAAGCCAGAUCCCCCUGUAAACUUUCUGAGAGAAAAGGUCUUAAGUCUGCCUUUGCCUGAUCCCUUGAAAUAUUACCUGCUUUAUUACAGAGAAAAGUAAUUUCCUUCUCCUAGGAAGUAGAAACUAAAGUACUACUUAGGGCUUGACAAAUGCAUACCACUUGCUUGCCUGCUAAUAUGACCACACGAGGCAGUAGGCUGGCUGGGGAAUGUGGCUGCUGUAUACUUAAACAUGAUAGCUUUUUUAAGUUUCUUCUUUCUUCUCAGUUGUGUGCUAUAGUUUUAUGCUACAGCAGGGUUUCCUUAGGAAGCAAGUUGGUGAAGUGCUCGGCUGCUUACAGAAAGGAGGAUUGAAUUCUCUGAAACUAACUGCACAGAGAUGUUUGGAAAUCUCAUGGCUGCUCUACCAAAUGGCGGUUUCAAAAGAUUCUUAAGCAGCUUCCCAAAGACCUUUGUCCAUGCUCCCUCCCACUGAACCUGCCAUGGGUUUAUAUUGGUGUGUGUUUAAUGGAGGAUGAGGAUUUAUUAGUUAAAAACUGACCCAGCAAAUCUUGUUUCUUCCAGAAAUCUGAAAAAGCACAACUUUUCAGACAUGAAAGAGAAGUUUUUGGCGUUAAACCUUGAGGCAUCCAGGUUUUGAAUGCAGAAGGAAAGCAUCAGCUCCCCUUUGGUUGGUCUCAGUUUUGCUUAUAAAAUAUAUAUUUUUAGUAAAAGGUAGAAAUGUCUUACAAAGCAUUGGUUUUUCUUCAUGGGAAAUGUCUAUUUUAGUGAGAUACAGUCC